AUGGGAUGGCUUCGAUGCGAAAUUGACCAGAAAAUGGUGGAUGUGCAGAUCGACAAAAAGUUGGAGGAAUAUGGUAAGAAAACAUUUUUCAGAGAAAAAAUAGAACAUAUAACAAUAGUAAAAGCCUUUAUUGAUCAAAUAAUUGAAAUUUUAAUAUUGAAAUUGAUGAUUCUUCGAGUCUUCCAAAUUGAAGAAUUUUCGUAUAAAAUGUCGCCUCAAAAUUUUACGGGCAAAAUCGGUAGAGCAACAACAAUUUUGAAGAAUCUUUGAAUUUCUAGAUCCGUAUUUUACCCUACAAUUUUUUUAUUUAACAAGGAAAGUACUUUUAUGGGGGCUCCUACUUUUUGACGGGACAUAUCUCAAAAAAUCAGAAAAAAUGUGCUGAUCAAGGAUAUAUAAACCUUAGCUGCCCAUUUUAGGUUUUUAGGGGUGAAAACUCAGUCGGAAGUUGACUUAAAGUAUGAACCCCUAUAUGAACCCCUUUUCGCCUAAUUUUUCACGGGUUUACAAUUUUUAUUUUGGCUUAAAAUGAUGUUUAUUGAGUUUCUAAGACGUAAUAAAUCAGUCUUGGCCUCAAAAUUUAUUUUUCCGACCUUCAACUUCAAAAAAGUUGGUUCAGCCCAAAAGGGAAAUCGAACCCGUGCGGCGUCGCCCUUCUUGAUUGCCAGACUACGGCACUAACCACUCGGCCACACCGCUCUCUUCCGAAGGAAGAGACCGACUGCGCUUUUUACCGUUUCGAAUGCAUGCGCCUUUUGUAGGGAAAUUGAGCCAGUUUUUGGGCAUUUUCACCCCUAAAAGCCCAAAAUGGGCAGCUAAGAUUUUUAUAUCCUUGAUCAGCACAUUUUUUCUGAUUUUUUGAGGUAUGUCCCGUCAAAAAGUAGGAGCCCCCAUAAAAGUACUUUCCUUGUAAAAUAAAAUUUGGUCUCGCAACGAAAAUAUUCUAUAACUUGCGCAAUUCCUUCAGGUCUCUUGCCCAAUAUCAAGACCAAGAAAGAGAAUGUCACAGAGACUAUUGACACCAACAGUACCAAAGAGAUGAUCGAACAGCUCCGCCAGGAGAACAAGACCCGAAAAGAGAGCGACGGGAAGGGAGAGACGGAAAAGAAAAAGGAAUUCCGCGUCCCAUCCAUUGUUUUGGUCAUGUUGACCACAUUCGGGAGGAUCUUCAAUGUCGUUGGGACAAUGAAAAUGUUUCAGGUAUGGCUGUUUUUUGUUUUUGCUUAUUAUUUCUUUAAUUUUAGGCCUUUACCAGCUACAUUUCCGCGCGGCGGCGCAAAAACCUCCGGACCACAACGGAGCGGCUCAGCGGUGGCGAAGGAGAGGGAGAAUGGAGCGAGGCCAUGAUGGAAUGUUGCACGUUGUGCGCUGCUUGA